AUCAUGUGGAUAGGAAGCUGUGGGUUGGCAAAAGUCUACUGAAUAUGGCACAGGCAUCUUCGCUUCUGGUCGGCAGAGAUAUCUUCUACCAGCGUUACGGGGCUGGCAAUGUGGGUGGAAUAAAAGCCACGGUUCACAUGAAUUUUGGUGGUAUGCUUAUUGGAAACGUACCGCUCGGCUUAGUGAUGGCAGGUGAUGAAAACGUGUAUAAUAAUCCCUUUGACGGAAUUAUCGGAUUAGGACGGCGGUCGAUAAAUCCACAGAACACAAAUCCCCUUUUUCAUUCUUUAAAUCAACAAGGAUUGAUGAGUCGGAAAUUUGGCUUCUAUUUCCGGG